UCAAGGAACUGAGACAGUGAGUUAAGUCAAAAGCUGGAAAUCAGCGAGUUUUGUCUCAGCCGUCAGAGUUAUUAGCGCGAGUUAUGGAAGCAUUAAUUCCGGUCAUAAAUAAGCUCCAAGAUGUUUUCAAUACAGUCGGAUCCGAUUCGAUUCAAUUGCCACAGAUCGCCGUGCUUGGCAGCCAGAGUUCCGGUAAAAGUUCGGUAAUCGAAAGUUUAGUAGGACGCUCAUUUCUACCCCGUGGCACUGGAAUCGUAACUCGGCGACCUCUUAUUUUACAAUUAAUUUACACUCCACUCGAUGACAAGGAAAACAGAUCUGCUGAAAAUGGAACGCUUCAACUUGAAGAAUGGGGAAAAUUCCUCCACACGAAAAACAAAAUCUUCUCCGAUUUCAAUGAGAUUCGUCGUGAAAUCGAAGAAGAUACCGAUCGAAUGGCUGGAUCUAACAAAGGAAUAUGUCCAGAGCCGAUCAAUCUUAAAAUUUACUCCAUGCGUGUUGUUAAUUUGACUCUAGUUGACUUACCGGGACUCACAAAAGUUCCAGUCGGUGACCAACCUGAAGAUAUAGAAACACAAAUUAAAAAUCUGCUCAUAAAAUAUAUUGAAAAUCCCAAUUCAAUCAUCUUGGCCGUAACCGCAGCCAAUACAGACAUGGCUACAAGUGAAAGUUUAAAACUGGCUAAGGAAGUCGAUCCGGAUGGGCGCAGAACUUUGGCUGUUGUCACGAAACUUGAUCUCAUGGAUGCCGGAACUGAUGCUAUUGAUAUUUUAUGCGGGCGUGUGAUUCCCGUAAAAUUAGGUAUAAUAGGCGUCGUAAAUCGCUCGCAACAGGAUAUUAUCGAUCAGAAACAAAUCGAGGAGCAAUUGAAAGAUGAAGCGGCUUUUCUGCAAAGAAAAUAUCCAACGCUUGCAACUCGUAAUGGCACACCGUACUUAGCAAAAACUUUGAAUCGUUUACUAAUGCAUCAUAUCAGGGAUUGUUUGCCGGAUUUAAAGACCCGUGUGAACGUUAUGGUCUCCCAGUUCCAAUCGCUCCUUCAUUCUUACGGCGAAGAUGUGUCAGAUAAAAGUCAGACACUUUUGCAAAUCAUCACGAAGUUCGCUAGUGCCUACAAUUCUACAAUCGAAGGAACAGCUCGGAACAUAGAAACGACUGAACUUUGUGGUGGGGCUCGGAUUUGUUAUAUUUUCCACGAAACAUUUGGUCGAACAUUGGACUCCAUUCAUCCUUUGAGUGGUUUGUCAAAAAUGGAUAUCCUGACCGCGAUUCGAAAUGCCACAGGCCCGAGACCGGCACUAUUCGUUCCAGAAGUGUCAUUUGAGUUGUUAGUCAAAAGACAAAUUCGACGUUUGGAAGAACCUUCUUUACGUUGUGUUGAACUCAUUCACGAGGAAAUGCAAAGAAUUAUUCAGCAUUGCGGCAACGAGGUUCAACAAGAAAUGCUCAGUGUCGAUAGGUUCCCUAAACUACAUGAAAAAAUCGUCGAUGUAGUGACACAGUUACUGCGACGUCGACUUCCAACAACAAAUUGCAUGGUUGAGAAUUUGGUAGCUAUCGAGCUGGCAUACAUUAACACGAAGCAUCCAGAUUUUCAUAAAGAUGCGGCCCUGGUUCCUAGCUUGCUUAAAUCCGAUAUGAUUGAACAAUGGGCACAACAACAAAAUGCAGUUCAACGCCGAAAUGGACCACAGCCAAGACCAAUGUCGACACAUAUAGUUGGCACUCAAGGAGAGGGAGAUCGAGCUGAACCAGUACAGGCUCGAGUUGUUCGUCUAUUAAACUUCAGUGAAAAAUCUGUUUGGAAUUUUGUUGGCGAUUAUCUCGAAUCUGAGAAUCACGUCAUGGAGAAUUCGCAGCCACCACAGCAACAGCAACAAAACAGUUGGCUGUCGAAUAUCCUCCCACCCCCAUCUGGUCAUUCAGAAAGUGUAGAAAGCUCGGCCAGUAAUACACCAGUACACAAUUCAGUUCAGAGCCCACUGAAGCCUGUUAAUCUACUACCCGAUGUUCCAACGCACACUAACACCCGAAAGCUGACAGAUAAAGAGCAGAAAGAUUGUGAUGUAAUCGAGCGCCUCAUUAAAUCGUAUUUCUAUAUUGUGAGGAAGUCUAUACAGGACUCGGUACCAAAAGCUAUUAUGCAUUUCCUAGUAAACUACGUGAAAGACAAUUUGCAAAGUGAACUUGUUACACAUUUGUAUAAAUCAGACAAAGCUGAAGAACUGCUGAACGAGUCGGAUCAUAUUGCAGUUAGGCGAAAGGAAGCGGCAGAUAUGUUGAAGGCUCUCACCCGCGCCAAUCACAUCAUUAGUGAAAUACGCGAAACUCAUAUGUGGUAAGGUGUUGACUACUAUCGGUGAUUCGUGAAUUUUCUACAGAGAUCUUAGCAUGCGGUGGAACGUUCUUCUGCAAAAUAUUAAUAUAAAAAUCCCACUUAUUUACUCAUUUUUACUUAUUGCUUGCUUUCUUUACAGUAACUUUUUCUUAUCUUUCUAAAGUUAAAAAAUGUCAUCUUUUUAUUCUAAUCAUUUCGUUUCAAACUGGCGCUUAGAAUUGUGAAUUUAAUGAAUCUUAAAAUUACUGACAUUUAUUACUGUUAAACAAAAUUAAAAACUAUUCACUAUUCGAAAAAGACGGUAUAACGCUCGCUGAGGCAUAAAGUGGACGGACUUUCUGCCCAUUAGAAUGUUAGAACUGAAGAAACUCGUCUAAUUUGGAGCAUUUUGGUAUUGGAUUGUGUUUAUGGGGUUUGUAGUAGAGCUAGAUUCAGUCACUCUAAAUUCAUACUUUUCAUUCAAAAUUAUACUUAACUGUUCGAAAAGCUCACAAAAAAAGCAGUACCCAUUAUUCCGGACGUAUGUAUUGCAUGCAGCAGAUGUCAGCGAUGUCUAAACCUAUAAAAGUCGUACCUACCGAAAUCAAUACACAAGAAAUGACACGAAACCGCCUACAUUUUAUGGCGAUGGAUAGCAGCGAAACCCAAAUAUGACAUGAACGUUUAGUAUCAUAUGCAUUUUUAAAAGUAUUUAAUACAUCCAAAUAUAGAAGCAGGAGGGAGAAAUAUAUGGAAAUAUAAGAGGGUUGCGUGUGAAUAUUAUUAGAAGUUAGGCGUGUUUUUUUUAUUUUUCAAUUAUUGUUUAGAAAUAUUUGUAGUGAUAAUUAAACUAUACAAUUGUUGAUAAGACUUCAUUCAUUUUUCAUAUUCUUUGAAUAUUAUAUUGUUACGAAAGCUUAUAAACAAUAGUCAAAUGCGAGUUUUAUUUAGAAUAAACCUUUUUGAAUUUUUGUUGAUAAACGUGAUAAUCAGAAACCGAACAGAAACAGAAUAGUUGUAAUUUUUAGGCAAAAUGCAUAAUAAUUGUAAUACCAACAUUAUAAUUGUGAAUAAUUUAUUCAACUGAACCUUUACUUUCUUUCUAACCUAUCUCCUUCAUCUUUCAAUUCUCAUUGUUAAUUUAGCAUGAAAAGCAAAGUUUAGUGUUAAGAGGUCAUUCCCACGAUAGGAGAAAAAAGAAAUACCGGAAAUGUAGGGGAGAAAGGUCAGAAGUAAAAGUCGAGAAACAAAUACGGAAACAAACUGAAAAACUUGAGAAAUCAAUAUCUAUCAAAUGCUAGUCUUAAUGAACAAAAAUUGUUUAUAUUUGGCGCCAAUAAAUGCUAAAUAGUCAAUGAA